GUAAAUUUUGUCAAUAUGGAAUCCGUCACGAUUUGUUCGACUUUUGUUGUAAUGCUGGUAAUUCAUAAGAUUAAAUAUGGUUGUUAUUUUUUGUUUUUGUUAUAGUAUCAUGUUUUCAAAUCAUAUAAAUUAUAAGUAUAAUGUCACGCCAUCGGAACAACCUUUCUAUACAAUUAAACGAAGAACUAUUUAACAGCAGUGUGGAUCGAGUGCAGUGUGUGGUGGGAGAAACGGUUCCCGAGUCAACAUUGAGAACUGUAGCUCUCCAACAAAAUUUGAAUGUUGAGAAGGCCUUGGAUGCUGUUCUUCAUGCCAAUGGAUCACCAGCAACUUCAGUACAACCUGCAAUACAUGAAAACUGGCAAUGUAGAGAUAGACGAGAAAUCGAGAUUAGUGAAGAUUCGGAUUUCUGUGAAUCAGACCAAGAACUCACCGAGUCUUUUAGCAGUGAGUUGGUCACUGAAUCAUGCACUUCUGACAGUGGUCUUAAAGAUAUACAGUGUUUGGACGUGUACAGUUCAGAUGAUAUUUGGGAAGAAAAUUUAUUAGGAGGAAAACCAUUUUCAUCUGUAAAAACUCAUUCAUCAUCUGAUUGUAAAUUUCAAUUUUUAGCAACCACAUCAUCUUUCCAUCAGGCAUACAAUAUUUCAGAUUUUACAAAUAUGACCAAUUCAGGUGAAGGUCAUUAUAAGAAUGCUCAAACUGUUCAUAAUUUACCCUCAUCCCUUCAACUGACAUCACAUUUGUCAUGCAAUGUAUGUCAGGAAGAUACAACUCCAAGUGUCAGCAGUAUGAAAAAUGUGUUACCACUUUCCCUAUCUUCAACCAAAACAACAUUUCAAAGUGAAGAUAUCAAUUUACCAGUGAAAGACUUUAAUUAUCAAGCAAGUACAAGAUCUCUCUUGGUAACUAAUCAACAUCCUAAGACUGAACAAAGUACAGAAUCAGCUUUGGUUCUUCCAGUUAGCCAACAUCUCGAGUCAAAAGGAAGUACAGAAUCAGCUUUGGUUCUUCCAGUUAGCCAACAUCUUGAGUCAAAAGGAAGUACAGAAUCAGCUUUGGUUCUUCCAGUUAGCCAACAUCUUGAGUCAGAAGAAUGUACAAAAUCAGCUUUGGUUGUUCCAGUUAGCCAACAUCUCGAGUCAGAAGAAUGUACAAGAUCAGCUUUGGUUGUUCCAGUUAGCCAACAUCUUGAGUCAGAAGAAUGUACAAGAUCAGCUUUGGUUGUUCCAGUUAGCCAACAUCUCGAGUCAGAAGGAAGUACAAAAUCAGCUUUGGUUCUUCCAUUUAGCCAACAUCUUGAGUCAGAAGGAAGUACAGAAUCAGCUUUGGUUGUUCCAUUUAGCCAACAUCUUGAGUCAGAAGGAUGUACAGGAUCAGCUUUGGUUCUUCCAGUUAGCCAACAUCUCGAGUCAGAAGGAAGUACAGAAUCAGCUUUGGUUGUUCCAGUUAGCCAACAUCUUGAGUCAGAAGGAAGUACAGAAUCCACUUUGGUUCUUCCAGUUAGCCAACAUCUCGAGUCAGAAGGAUGUACAGGAUCAGCUUUGGUUGUUCCAGUUAGCCAACAUCUUGAGUCAGAAGGAAGUACAGAAUCCACUUUGGUUCUUCCAGUUAGCCAACAUCUCGAGUCAGAAGGAUGUACAGGAUCAGCUUUGGUUCAUUCAUCUAACCAAAAUCUUGAGACUGAAGGAAAUACUGGAUGUGUCUUAGAUACAUUAGCUAGCCAAAAUCUUGAGACUGAAGGAAAUACUGGAUGUGUCUUAGAUCAGUUAACCAACCAAACUUUUAAGACUGAAGAAAGUACUGGAUGUUUCUUAGAUCAGUUAGCUAACCAACAUCUUGACACUGAAGGAAGUACUGGGUGUUUCUUAGAUCAAUUAGCUAACCAACAUCUUGACACUGAAGGAAAUACUGGAUGUUUCUUAGAUCAAUUAGCUAAUCAACAUUUUGACACUGAAGAAAGUACUGGAUGUUUUCUAGAUCAGUUAACUAACCAAAAUUUUAAGACUGAAGAAAGUACUGGAUGUUUCUUAGAUCAGUUAGCUAACCAACAUCUUGACACUGAAGGAAGUACUGGGUGUUUCUUAGAUCAAUUAGCUAACCAACAUCUUGACACUGAAGAAAGUACUGGGUGUUUUCUAGAUCAGUUAGCCAGCCAACAUCUUGACACUGAAGAAAGUACUGAAUGUUUCUUAGAUCAAUUAGCUAGCCAACAUCUUGACACUGAAGGAAAUACUGGGUGUUUCUUAGAUCAAUUAGCUAACCAACAUCUUGACACUGAAGAAAGUACUGGGUGUUUCUUAGAUCAAUUAGCUAACCAACAUCUUGACACUGAAGAAAGUACUGGGUGUUUCUUAGAUCAAUUAGCUAACCAACAUCUUGACACUGAAGAAAGUACUGGGUGUUUCUUAGAUCAAUUAGCUAACCAACAUCUUGACACUGAAGGAAGUACUGGGUGUUUCUUAGAUCAAUUUGCUAACCAACAUCUUGACACUGAAGGAAGUACUGGGUGUUUCUUAGAUCAAUUAGCUAACCAACAUCUUGACACUGAAGGAAGUACUGGAUGUUUCAUAGAUCAAUUAGCUAGCCAUCAUCUUGACACUGAAGGAAGUACUGGGUGUUUUCUAGAUCAGUUAGCUAGCCAACAUCUUGAUACUGAAGGAAGUACCACAUGUUCCUUGAAACAACUGUCUGACCAACAAUCUAAGAUUGAAGGAACACUUUUUGUUCAAUGUUCUGGCCAAAAUUUUCUGUCAGGAGAAAGGUUACCUAACCAGGAUAUUUGGUAUGAACAAGACAAUUUCAUGAGAGAGCUGAAAUACCCAGAAAAUGAUGUACAGGAAAAUGUAAAAUGUAACAUUCUAUCUUCUUCAGAUAAUGCGUCCACAGUGGUUAUUUGUGGUAGUAAUGAAUGCAGAGUGUGUGCUUUAUGCAAAACAAAGGACUGGGCGACAUUUCAUGAAAAACAAUCACAUUGUGACACAAAUGCAGAUUUUUUAUUACUAUUUAAAGAUUGUGAGCAUGAUAAUGUGAAUCAACUCACUCCAGUAUCACAGUGUUCAUCUGUGGUUGGUAGUGCCUCUACACAUCCAUCCAUGUUGCAAUUAAAUACAUGCUCUGUCUCGGCUGGUAAGAACACUAAUAUGCUCAGUAAGGUAUUGGACCUGGAUACAUUCUUUGAAAAGCCUCCUAAACAAUUGUUACCUGAAUUUGGUAGGUUGAGUGUGUAUCAGUCUGAUGAAUGUGUUGCAUCAAGCAAAUCAUUUAGUGAAGAUGAUGAUAAGAUUUUAACUGAUGAAGAUAGCAUUGAUCUAGCACUAGCAUUAAAAAAAGACAGGAAAAUUUCAUUGCCUCAAAAAUUUGAAAGACAGAGAAAUGAAGAGGACUCGACAAAAAGCAUCAAAGAAAUAAUCGGUCCUCCUUCAGGCUUAAAUAGUGAAGAAUAUAAUUAUCAAAGUUAUCUCUGUUUGGAUUCUCUCUUGUGUAGUCAUCUUGAAGUUACACUUCGAUCACCAACACUGAAAGCUGAUCCUUCAAUGUUUGCACGUACCAUUUGUUUUGGAAAAGGUUUUAGUCAAUUUACAAAACCAUACAGUCGUCAAAAGUUGCUGAAGGAAGUGGCAAACUACAGAAGAGCAAUUCUGAAUUCAGGUUGUCACUACAGAGAGAAUUUGGUAUCAGAGAAACCUAAAGUGUUUGAAGAUGUAGGAAAUACUGUUAGUCGACUGAAGUUUGAACCCAGUAAAGAAGCAGUUGUAAUUGGUUAUGAAACAAAGGAAUUGAGGUCUGAUAUUGAAGAGAACAAUAUCAGUAGAGUAAGAAUCAAACAAGCAAACACAAAUGCAUCUCCAAAAGAUGGCAAUCUUCAGUUUAAGCAGUUCACAUCAUCAGAACCAGAUAACCACGAUAGUUGUUCUACACAGACUUCUGUAGCUAUUGUCGAAGGUGUAACUUCUAAACUUAAUGUAAAGUCUAAAGAGCCAGGCAGAAAUUGGUCGGCUAAACAUGUGAAAGAGGGGGGCCAGAUCAAGCCUAUAAUUAACUUGGUAGUGAUUGGGCCUGCAGGUGCUGGGAAAAGUACCCUUGUGGAACACUUGUUGUCCAGGAACCAUGGUAAAACAAUGGAAACUGGACAGUCACAGGUCAGAACACCUGCUGUAGAUGUUGCCCAUGAAAACUUUGAAACACCAGCUAUGGGUGUUGCACAGUUAAAGUUUAAAACUCCUACUAUGGAUGUUGCCCAAGCAGAGUCUGAAACACCAGCUUAUGGAUAUUGCCCAAGCAAAGUUUGAAACACCAGCUAUGGAUGUUGCCCAAGCAAAGUUUGAAACACCAGCUAUGGAUGUUUCUCAGUUAAAGUUUGAAACACCAGUUAUGAAUGUUGCCCAAGCUAAGUUUGAAACACCUACUAUGGAUCUUGCCCAACCAAAGUUUGAAACACCAGCUAUGAAUGUUGCCCAACCAAAGCUUGAAACAUCUUCUCAUUUUGUUACCUUGCUGGAUACAUGUGGUCACAGAGACUCCAUAGUCAACACAAUAUCAGGCAGUCUUCAAGCUGAUGGUGUGAUACUUGUAGUUGAUGCUACGAGAAAAGAUUUUGAGAUGGGCUUUGAUGUUGGAGGGCAGACUGUGGAACAUGCUUUGUUUAUCAAGUCUUUAGGAGUGUUGCAGUUAGCAGUAGCAGUCAACAAAUUAGAUGAUGUGGACUGGGCUCAGGAACAAUAUGACCUUAUUGUAACCAAGCUAGAAGCCUUUUUAAAACAAGCAGGGUUUGAGGAAACAGAUGUGACAUACGUUCCAUGUAGUGGGUUAACUGGAGAAAACCUAACUGAACCA